GAUGCGCACUUAAACCAGAUGGCCCCACCAGCAGGUUUCCCCUGGCACUAAACUGUUUCCCCCCUCGCUGGAUUUCCUCUCUCUCUCUUUCUCUCUCUGGUAUUGGUACAAAAAUCCUGUCUUUUUUGGUUUUAGAUGAAGAAUGGGCUGCGCAAUAUCGGGUCUUGCAGAGAGAUCAGAGUAUGCAGAGAGGAGCAGAGAUGCUGCUGCUGCUGCUGCUGCUGCUGCUCAGCAUCCCAACGAGCAGCACAUCCAGAUGAUCAAGGAUUCAUGGAAAGUUAUCCGCGACGAUAUAGCAAAAGUUGGGAUUAUUAUGUUCGUCAGGUUGUUUGAGACCCAUCCCGAAUGCAAGGAUGUUUUCUUCCUUUUCCGAGACGUGGAGGACCUGGAGAGGUUGAGGACGAGCCGGGAGCUCAGGGCACACGGCCUGCGGGUGAUGUCGUUUAUUGAGAAAAGCGUGGCCAGACUGGACCAGCCAGAGAGACUGGAAGCUCUGGCGGUGGAGCUGGGAAAAAGCCAUUAUCAUUACAACGCUUCGCCCAAGUACUACAGUUAUGUGGGAGCAGAGUUCAUCUGUGCCGUACAGCCCAUCCUGAAGGAGAAGUGGACCCCCGAGCUGGAGGAGGCGUGGAAAGCCAUGUUCCAGUACGUGACCGGCCUGAUGAAGCAGGGAUACCAGGAGGAAAGUUCCCGCCAGCGUCACCUCACAGCAUCCCCCAAGGACAGACUGGACAAGAGGAGCACGGCGCUAUGAGACGGACUACCACAGACUGUUUUUAAUCAACGCCGCAUAUCUAUGUGUAUAUGUACAUAGGCAGGACUUACCGUCUUGUUUUCUACACUUCCCACCUUCAGUCAUUAUUUGCUACUUUAUUAGACUGCAUAAAGAAAACAUGCUGCCAUUCUUAACAAAGCACUUUAUUUCUGAACUUAAAUUCUGUUGCAGUGAAGAGACGAUAGAAAAAAAACACUCCAACUGUAGUUAAACCUGCCAUAUAAGUGCGGUAAACAAAAACUACUUUAUUGGACUUACAACCUCUUCUUUUUUGUGUCUGUAUUUAUAAGUCUUUAUACCACCUUUCAGAAAAGGUGACUUUGAACUUAACCAGAAACUAAAGCUAUACAUUUGAUUUAAUGUUUAAGACUUGGCUUGAGUACAUAAUUCCAAAACGGGGCCAAUUAUAUUUAUCCUUACAAGGUGAACAUAAAAUAGAUCCAAAGACUCAAAACCCAAUGAGUGAGUUUCAACAAAAACGCACCAGUAACAUCGGCUUUUUCUGUGUCUAAGCACCCACGUUAGAAAUUUAAAACAAUGGAGGAUUGAGAAAAAAAGAAAAAUCAUAAAUAGGAACUAAAAAUAAAUGAUAAGCUGUUAAUCAAUGGGCUCCUUGGACAUGGCUCCAGAGGUGGCACAACUGUUCUGAAGCAAAAAUGUUGGAGAUUCAUUAGAAUUUGAUUGCUUCUCAUGAUACAAGAAAUCCUCAGGUAGUCACUCCUAAUCACCGAUGGCACCGGGCAGCCGGGGAUGAGACGUCACCAGACAAUGGCAUUAUAUCUACACAGUCACCAGGUAAAUGAACAGUGGUCGUGAGGCCUCAGAUUAAUGGAAAGAGAGCCGAGUGGGGCUGCAGAUCAGGCCGUGCCCUCAACCAGUCCCCUCGGAUCGACGAGGACUGUUUAGGUGCCCAGAGUUAGGUUAAAGAGUCUGUUGCUCAUUGGGUGGCUUUUGUUUUCUUGCUCUUGCUUUUCUUGUCUUUUUUCUUUAGACCAUCCAUGUGAGCUCUAAGGAGGUUGGAAUAUGCCUGGAAAAGAAAUGGCAAAAUGAUUAAAGAUACAGAAAUAAGAGGAU